AUGGACAGGCUAUCGGAAGUUAAUAGUCCGGCUGGGAUCUCUCAUAAUAAUCAAGGAUCCAUUUGGUCACCUCUAUAUAGCGCUUCAUAUGGCAUUUUGCUUGACCCCGUUUCAGAUGGCUGGGUUGUCUGGGUCUUGUGGUCAACAGGGACCUCGGAUGAAAACACAGUAAACUGGGAGACCACGAGGGAGCCCUCCCCAGACCCAGACUUCCCUUGCUCAAGAAGAGGCGGACGGACUGUUAGGUGGCCGUCCCCUCUCCAGGACACAGAAUCAGCAAAGCAUAACUUGAGUCCGGUUGUCAAGUUGUGGCGCAAGGUCGGGGAGUGUCGUCGGGAACGACCUCCGUUCCGCCCUUGGGCCGACAGGACUUCCCCGAAGAUGUCGAAUUUCAACCAGGGCACAAGCUGGAUCUCGUCUGGUAGGGGAGGCAGGGGUUCGACAAGAUCCACUAAGAUUGGCCGAGAAAAGGACAAAUCGAAACAGUUCAGCCAGGUUACCACUCGUGAGCGGCUGGGGAACAAGAGCCUAGACGUUGGAGGGCCCAAGUACCAUAACUUGGGUGGCGGGUCAACAAGCAGAUCUAGCACACGACCUCUGUUCUCUUAA